AGAUUGAAUGUUUCGCAUACCCCAUACGGAAAUGUCAAAUGGUUGCGUCCCAACUGGAACUGACUUUUUUUUUUACGACGAUGUUUUGUUUACAAAUCACGUUUCUUCGCGUAUAGACCAACGAAACGAUUGUAUCACGUUUAACUUAAAUUCCGUUUUAAAUGGGUUUGGCAAAUCGUUUCUGCUAGAUAGUUUGAAUUAGACUAUGAAUCUCUUUCAAUAUAGGACACCCCUCACAUUAUUGGGCUUUACUCCUGGCACUUCCUUGCUCAAAAGUUUUAUUUAGGGGAAGGCUUGGGGAAAAGUUGGUCACCUGUUUGAAUAGUUUCAGUGUUACUGUUGUCAGAUGUUAAGGGUAUGGAUCAUAUUUAGCGUGCAUUUUGGGAUAGCUAGCGUGUAGCAUUCGCUGUUUCCCCCAUGACUCAAAUUUACUGGCUAACGCUGCACUGAGAGGCCCCAUUAAGAGGAAGAUGUCCACGGCUAACGUUAGCGAAGUUGUCCGAGUGAAGUUCCCGCUGCACUCUGCUGUGUGGGAGAAUGAUUACAGGAAACUGGAAGAGCAAAUAACGUUACUACCGAAUGACAUUGAGGCUGUGGAUCCCAGAGGUCGGACCCCUUUGCACCUGGCCGUGUCACUCGGGCACCUCGAAUCAGUGAGAGUUCUCCUGAGACAUGGUGCUGAGGUGACUAAAGAAAAUGCCAACAAUUGGACAGUGCUGCAUGAGGCAGUCAGCACUGGAGAUCCAGAGAUGGUUCAGUUAGUGCUUCAACGCAGAGACUACCUCAAAGCCUCCACUGCUCUGGGAGGAGUGCCUGAGCUGCUGUCAAAGAUCCGAGAGUCUCCAGACUUCUAUAUGGAAAUGAAGUGGGAAUUUACCAGUUGGAUCCCUCUUCUCUCCCGGGUUUGUCCAAGUGAUGUUUGUCGCAUUUGGAAAAGCGGUGCUAGCCUACGAGUGGAUGCCACUCUUCUUGGCUUUGAAAACAUGACCUGGAUCAGAGGGCGUAGAAGCUACAUCUUCAGAGGAGACGAUUCAUGUGCAGAGUUAAUAGAGGUGAGCCACGAUGAUCAAAUUGUGGACACUGAACGCUUUAACAUAGUCCAAGAAAUGGAGGAUGUCACGCUAGAGUCAAUGCAGCCAGCUGAACAAGAAGUGGCCAAAAGGCUGACUACUCCAGUUGUCAACACCUAUUUGGACACCAAGCAUAUUGAUUUUGAGAGGAUCAAGUCUGGGAUAUGGGGCUGGAGAACUGACAAAACUGAAGUGGUCAAUGGAUUUGAAGCAAAGGUUUUCAGUGUGAACCAUGUAAAUGUGGUAAUCAGGACAAGGACGGAGCAUCUUACGGACGAGGAGAAAACACGGAUAAAAAGUGAGAGGAACAUCCUGGAGUCUCUGCUGGGGACCGUAGAGCAGCACAUAAGUGCACAAGGGGACCUUACUCUUGAGUAUGCAACUGCCACCAAUCCCACUGCCAUCACUCCAGAGGAAUAUUUUGAUCCCAACUUUGAUCUUGGGAACAGAGACAUCGGCCGACCUAUUGAACUGAGCAUUCGAACGCAAAAAUUCAAAGGUACAUUGUGGAUGAGUGAGGAACAUCCCCUGUCCCUGGUCGAACAGGUGACCCCUAUUAUUGACCUCAUGGCCCGGACCAGUUCCCAUUUUGCACGACUACGAGACUUUGUAACCUUGAAGUUUCCUCCUGGAUUUCCUGUGAAAAUAGAGAUCCCCCUGUUUCAUGUGCUGAAUGCCAGGAUUACAUUUGGGAAUGUGAAUAAAUGCAGUACCGAAGAGCAAGUUAACACAACACCAGCACCAACACCAACAUCAUCAGGAGAUGAUGAAGAAGCUGCAGCACCACCUCCGUUUCAGGUGUGUCCUUCAGUGUUCAAGGUGCCGGGUAGUUACCACCACAGAGGAGGCAGCCGCCACACGCCCAUGUCCAACAACGACGAGGAGCUCUUGCAGUAUGCCAUCCAUCAGAGCCUCAUGGAGUCUCACGGAGUCCCAGACCAGGAGGGGAGCUGGGAUGACACCAAUGGUGAAUUCACUGAUUUAAUACCCAGCAGCCAGAGUGACAGGAGUGUCCCAGAGGGGGUGCUAGUGGAAUAUGGAGACACCUCCAGCCCUGCCAGCUCUGUCUCUGCCUCUAGCCCUGAGUCAGACCUCCACCUGGCCAUGGAGCUCUCCACACGAGCUCAGGAGGAAGAGGAGCGGAUGAGGAAGCAGGAGGAAGAGGAGCUGGAGAUGAUAUUGCAGCUAUCGCUCACUGAGAAGUAAAAGGAACAUAGGGAAUAAUAAUACAACUUUUCCAGAUCCAGAAGCAACCACACCACCUCAAAUUUAUCUUCCUCACCACUGUCAUCUAUGCAACUGCAGAUUUAUUCCUAGAACAAAUUGUUCUUGCACAGGCAAAAUCAAACUCCUAGUAUCUGAUAUUUUCCAAAAGGUAUUUCUGAUAAGAACAUACUCCUCUAUAUAUUUCUAUCUCAGCAUAGCGUGUCUUCUUCCUCAAGCCCGAUUCAUAGACUGACAUCAUUUUGCAUGGGUUCUAAUUUUUAUUUAUUUAUUUUUGUUUUCAAUUCCAAAUCUCUGCAGCAACCCAGAUCACGGUGUCAUCUGGUGUGGGGUCAAAUCAGUUUAAUAAAGGUUCUCUGAACAAAAAUUGUCCACUAUCCAAGGUGACUUCAUAUAGUGUUGACACUCAGAUGUGGCGCUUUAGGUCCAGGAAACUGCUCUUACAAUUUUCCACUUACCUGUUGCCUUGGAUUUUAGAAUUAAAACAGUUUAGCAAAAAACAAGGCUACUGUUGACCUGAACGGACAGAUCUAAGUGUUUUCACUGUGAAGUCACUUUGUUGAGGACUACAGUCUCACUGAAUAACAGAAAUCUCAGGUUUCCUGUUUUACAUGGGUUUUCUUUCACCUUGGAAUUCAUUUAUUAACCAGUUAUAAAAGUUGUAGCUCAGCAAAAUGGUGUCAUUCAUACAUAUCUCUUUAUGCCACUUCAAUUCAGACUGUUAGGCUCACUGAGUCAAAAGUUCAUAAGUAAAUGCAAGUUCUUUGUACUUUGUGAAUAUGCACUCUCCAGAGGAACAAAAAAGCAUGUUGCUGUGAGAGAAACUUCAAAUCAGCUGCAUGGUAAUGUAAUACCUUGGCAGCAACAAGGAUUUAAUAUUCCUGCUCUAACUUCAAGCAUUAUCACCACAGUUCAGACCUGCAGUAGCAGAGACCAGUCUGUCUGUGGAUGUACAGUCACUAUGCAGCUUAGAAGAAAUGACACAGCCAGUGUUGCAGAUGGCUUCGGUUUAUAAGAGCUGUCUGCCUUUUCUAGCCACCAACAACUCUGAACCUCUGAGCAGAAGGAAAGACAUCACAGGCUCACAGAUUGAGCAUGUCUGCCAUUUGUAGCAGUAGUUUCUGAAGAGUGUGCCAAUGGAUUGCUUUCCUCUGAUAACGCUCAGUGAUGGUGAGGGGUGGUGCCCCUCACAUGAAACUUUUUGAACACAAUUUUUUAGAAUUUUGUAACUUAAAACCAAGACAAAGGGGGUUCAUUUGUACCAGGGUGAUGCCAAGUAACAUUUAACCACUACUCAUCAACACCCAACCACUUUAUUAAAGGUCUCCCUGCAUUGCUGCGUCUUGACUUUCAGGGCUUUAGCUAAGCUACUUGUAAUGAUCACUUUGCCAAACUGCUGAACAGUCGCCAUAGAAAAAGGCUGGCUUUGGCUGAUUCAAUGCAGAUCUUUGUAAUGCACUGUUCAAGCUGAAAUGUUUUUAACAUGUUAAAAUUGAAAGGGAAAUGUCAUUUUGAAAAUGUUUCUGAAAUAAAAGCACUUUAUUUCCACGAGGA